UCGAGAGUUAUGACUUCUUCUACGAGCCAGAAGCCUUUCUUACUCGCUCUCCCUCCAGAGAUCCAGAGCCAGAUAAUCUCUCUUCUUGCUGAUUCGACUGAUUUCAAAUCCGUUCAUUCACUUCUAUUUUCGUGCAAACAACUCUACGCAAUUGCACUACCUUUCUCAGUCCAAACAUUCUGCGACAUCCCGAGACCUGAAUUGCCGAAGAAAGGCUCUGUAGUUCGCUCCCGCAUUGUGCAGUUUCUUUCAUACGUUUCAAUCAUCAAGCCAGAGCUUGCCCGACACGUUCGCACGAUUAGACUCCAUGAUUGGCUGACCGAUCACUUUUACAAAGGAACGGUUCACAUCGAUGCCAAUGAUGUGAUCUUCUAUAAGCAAUUGAUUCUCAAGAUAUUGCCUGAGAAGCUAGGAUAUGAUACGCAUUGGAGUAGCCGAUGGAUUUGGGCCCUGGAAACAGGAAUCGAAGAUGCCGCGGUGGCUCUUCUACUUGCUGUCUGCACAAAGGUCAAGAAUUUGACAUAUGGCCACCCUUGGAAUCCAAAUUGCUUCUAUAUUAUCCUUAUAGCUGCCUAUGGAGGUUGCGGAAGAAGACGUGUCAAACUUCCCCCGAGUCAGUUGCUUACCAGGUUGAAAAAUGUUAAGCAUGAAUCAUAUAAUCGCGAGGAAGGAUAUCGCCAAUUUUAUGAUCACGCAAACCAGUUAUUCCGCAUCCCUAGCAUUCAUUCAUACGAAUGUGUUGGGGCAAGAAGCCCUGAAAUGGAUGAGUUUGACCUAGACCCAAUGGAUGAAGGAUGUUCAAACAUUCAGUCAAUCAUCUUACGAGAUAGUUGGUGCGUAGGUCCAGCCAUUCGCUCUUUAAUCGGGGCGUGCAAGGUCCUUAGGAAGUUCAUAUAUACACACGACUUCCAAAAAAAGUACCUUGGUGACGAAUUUGAAGCAACGGCUCGGGAUAUAAUGGAAUCGCUAUUGCCUCAUGAUGAUAGCCUGGAAUAUCUUCAUAUUGAUUUGACUGAAGCAGUUCGCACGAGCUCUGGCCCGCCCGGACCACGAGAACGAUUGUAUAUGGGUGCUGAACUGCGACAGAUGCACAAGUUGAAGAGCCUCAUUUUAGGCUCUCAGAGUGUCAGUGGGCUUCUAGGUAAUGGAAAGGUGAUUUACUACACAGAGGAUGCAUCUAUAGAGGCUCCAAAGGUUGUUGAAUGUAUUCCAGAACACUUGGAGUAUCUUGAGAUUCAUAGCUGUGGAAGGAACAUCAUUAACCAGCUCGAGGAGUUUCUGGGCACGCUGAUCCACCCAGAUCGGUUCCCCAACUUGUCAUCAGUCAAGUUAAUUUUCAACGAGAAUUGGGCAAAUGAAGAAGAGAUAAAGAGCCUUGUUUCGGAGAGAGAUGGCCUAGCACUGGAGGUCGUUCGGCGUCAGUUAUAG